CUAUGAUUAGAAAUAGAAAGCGUAAUAUUAUUUUUCGUUUUUUCCUCGAAGAAAGACUCUUACUCGAAGUUUGUUCAGUAUAUAGUCACUCAUCGCAUAGGAAGUUGCAACCUUUUGGUGCAUUGACUCAUGGCAAACCAGGUUGUAGAGAAAGGGUCUGAUCCUCGUAGCUUGAUCACAUCCCUUCAUUGGAGGAACUUCAUCGAUUCUCAAUGGAAGGAUGCAAAUUAUAAACGAAGAGCCAUUGCAAGCCUUAUACAGGCAGUGUACUUGCUUGAGCAAGAUAGACAAGAGAAGAGAACUCAAGAAAAUUCUCUAGCACCAGAAUUUUGGAUUCCCUUAAAGUAUAAGCUUACACAAAUACUGAUUGAUGAAAGAGAUGGAUCCAUUUUUGGUGCAAUAUUUGAAUGGGAUCGGCUCGCAGCAUUGUCUGAGUUCAAGCCAUUUAAACCAAUUGGUGCCCCGAGAGCUGUUUUAGCACUCAGAGGAACAUUGAUAAGAGUCCCUACAAUGCGAAGAGAUUUUGUAGAUGGUUUCCGUUUUGUUGCUUGGGAAAGCUUGAAGGACUCUGUGAGGUUUAAAGUAGCUACAUAUGCGGUAAAAUCGGUUUGUGAUAAAUAUGGAAGCAGAAAUGUAUGCAUUGCAGGGCAUUCUUUAGGCGCUGGAUUCGGUCUUCAGGUGGGAAAGGAAUUGGCAAAGGAAAGAGUUAAUGUGGAAACACAUGCAUUUAAUCCUCCUUCGGUUUCACUUGCUAUGAGUCUUGGAAAUAUUGGAGAAAAGGCUGAGUAUGUUUUGAAUAGAAUCAAAUAUAUACUUCCUUCGGGUAUCGAGGCUGAAGUCAACAACAGCGUGGACGAGACUUACAUUAUACGAUUGAAGAAGAUGAUACCUCGGUUAUCUUGUUUGAUGGAUACUAGUUUAGGAAUAAGAAAUUGGGUUCCUCAUAUUUAUGUUAACAAGAAUGAUUGGAUCAGUUACUUUUAUAUUCUAUCCCAUGGAACAAAAGAGGAGGUCGCCGAUGUGGAAAAAUUGGAUCCUACAAUUGAGCAAAAUGAAGCCAAGUUGUUUGUUGUCUCAAUGGAAGACCAGAAGUUUCUCGAGGCUCAUGGCCUGAAGCAAUGGUGGUCAAAUGAUAGUAAUGUAGAGCUUAAGCAUGGUAACCACAAUAACAAACUCAUAAGCAUGCAACUUAAAUCUUUGAACGCUAGUACACCUUCUCAGGUAGUACUUUUCUAUUAUCCACGCUAUGUUUCAUUACCUACUAGUUGCAUAAAUAUUAGAGAAGCUUCGGAUUAUGUUUGGAUCAGUAUACUUAAAUGCAUGCCACGUCAUAUAAGUGGUAAAGCUCAAAUCAACAAUGAUGGAGAUGUGAGUUCAGGUAUAGGUUUGGUGAGUUGGAAUUGGAUACCCUCAUUAUCUGGCUUGAAGAAUACCGGUUAUUGGGUGUGCAAAUGGAUUCCUCGCAUGUAUGUUGGUGCCGAAGAGAAGAUGGUUGGAAAGGAGAAUAUGGAUCCCGAAGACGGCCAAGUUACUCCAAAAUUGCUUAUUUUCUCGAAGCUCUAAAGUAAAAUGGUGAAGUACCGGUGCACCCGUACUCAUGGUGCUUUUGUUUUUUAUCAUUUCAUUUCGAGUGAAAAUUUGUUGCCGGAUCUGUAUGCUAACAUGUCAUUUGACUGAUUCUGGCAUGAGAUACGAUGGUUGACAAGGAAAACAAGGAUCCUUUGCAUUUGCAAUAACAUAGAGAAAGUCUCAAUCUUAACAAUGCAGUCUGCUACAUGUCAUUUUUUUCAGGUGUGCUAUGUUUAUAUGUAUGUUUUGGUAUGAUAUUAUUGAUAACUUUCAUUUCCUAAACAUAAUUAAUUUAGAACAAGAGUAUGUUUAUUUUCUGACUUCAUCUUUUAUCUGUAAAAUGAAUUGAAACAAUAAUUUCAACUUCAUCUAAAAGGAUACUUUCAAAGAUCUGCAAUUAGUAAAAGUAUUAUAAACCUUGGUGUGCAGAGAGAAUGCAGUUGAAAGGUGAAGCAUAACUAUAACUAACACAAGGGGAAAUCUGGCUCCACAUAUACUUUCAUCUCAAUGAGCAUUACUUUACCAUGAUAAGUAGAAUAAUUGAAACAAGAUGCAAUAAAAGAAAAGCAUAAUUUUCAAGCCCUGUGAUUAGUCAUACCAGUUUCAUGCUUAAACUCUAUUGGAAAUACUUGUUGAUAAGCAUAAAGUUUGAGGGGAAAUGGAAAAUUCA